UUGUAGUCAGAGUUCAUCGCCGAGUGGGGCAGAAGAGGGCCACGUACUCAAUAGAUCCAUUGCCAACUUGAGGGUUUUUCUUUUCGGGUUUUUCGAAGACGCACUGUGUUCCGCUCAGUUGGCAUCGGCGACAGGGUGCCUAAACGAGACAGACAUGUGGGGAAAGGCGAGUGGGGAAAAAACAGAGGGCGUCAGUUGA